UAGAGUAACAUUAUGGCGAGCAAUGGCGGUACAUCCGGUCUGCUAUUUCGACACUGUUUGUAAUUUUGAUUUCGUUCGUUGGAAAGUAUAGUCUAAACGCUUUGAAAAAAUUGUUGAAAGUGUCGUUGUUGAAUUGGAAAUUGUUGUCAACUGAACCGUGCGUUCCAGGCACAGAAAGCAGGAAUGUACAUUCUAAAAUCACAAGUGUGAAAAUUCGAAUUGUUAAUGAUCAUUUACGUGAAGCACACUAGCGUCGACUAGCGUCGAGGUGAUUCGGACAGGGUGGCCUCGCGUAGCACGGGAAUUUUUGUAUGAGAAGAUUAAAUUCUGGAUUCCGUGGCUACGCGAGAAUAUAAGGGAACACCAUGGCGAAAGGAAAAGCAAAACAUGUGCAAACAAAAACUAUGAGUCGCACAAGAGCCACAGUAUCACCUUUACAGUCCACUAACAUUGAUGUAUCUGUGAAAAAGGAGCUGAAUCUAAAUAAUAAUAAAAAUAUGAGGAAUGAUAAUUCUGGUGGAACACAUAAAUCCACUGUGUGCAUAAGUCCCUUCCUUUGCUCAACAAUUGCACAUGUAUCAAGUUCUGAUUUGGUUAAAACUGAAGCUUCCAUAAUGCCUAAUGGAGAGACCUUCUAUAGAAAUGAACAAACAACUGUCGUAAAAACUGAAAUUGUCAGUGACAUUAAUCGCUUCAUAACAGAUGAAACUCCGGUAGCUGUACCCAUGUAUGGCCCAUCAACGCCGCACAGAAUAAAUAUGCCAAACAGUCAGGUGGAAGAUUUAGACGAAGGAAGUACAAAUGAUGAAAAAGAUAAAAAACCAAUCAUCUCUGUGAUUAAUUCGACACCAUUAAAGAAGUUUGCCAACCGCGGUCGUAGAAAAUUAAACGGCAAUCUAAUCGCCAGUCAUCGUUCAAAUGAAUUCUCAGACACUAAAAGUACAAAUCACAAGCUUACAGAUUAUUUUCCAGUACGUCGCAGUGUGAGGAAAUCAAAGAAAGCUGUAUUAGAGGAAAAGCAACGAGACAUGGAAAACAAAGUACUAUGUCAAAUGGAAGAGGGUUUAGAGGUAAGACAUUUUGCCGGUAAAGGGCGUGGAGUAAUAACAACGCGAGAAUUCGCAAAAGGAGAAUUUGUAGUAGAAUAUGUAGGUGAAUUAAUCGAUCAAGUAACAGCUAAGAAACGCGAGAAAAUAUAUGCACAGGAUCAGAAUACAGGAUGUUAUAUGUAUUACUUUCAACAUCGUAAUCAUCAGUAUUGUGUUGACGCGACAGCUGAGACUGAUAAGUUAGGUAGACUAGUAAAUCACUCCAGAAACGGUAAUUUAGUUGCACGAGUCAUAGAAGUAGAGUCAACGCCUCACCUGGUACUUACAGCAAAAGAAAAUAUACCGUCUGGGAUAGAAGUUACGUAUGACUACGGGGAUCGGAGUCGUGAAGCUAUCCGUUAUCAUCCAUGGUUGGCAUUAUAGCGCUUUUAAUUAAUUGUGUAGAAUGUUAUUACAUUGUACAGAGAAAAAUUCAUUUGAUGAAUUAUUGUUUCUCCUAUGGAAGAACAGUAUAUAUAAAAUGUUUUAGUUGAAUUUUAUGAGAUAAAAAUAUACAAGGAAGAAUACGUUCAUAUAUAAGUCUGCUUUCCUCGGUAUAUGUCAAGUGUAAUCUUGUAUUUUAACUAAAAUGAGAGACAUUAGAAAUGCUUAGUGUUUUAUAAGUGGAUAGUAUGGAACGAUUGCAUGCAUGACAUGUAUCUCGGUUUUUUGUUUGUUUGUGAAAUGACAAAAGAAGAAACAAUAGAUUCCUUUUAAAUUGGUACAAUUCUGUUGAGUUGAUCGAAAUGACACGAUGCUUGUACACCACGAGUGUAACGAAUAUUAUUUUUAAAUACAUAACAGAUGUUUCAUUUAGUUCUAACUUUAAUCUAGUACUUCAAUUUCACACGACAUACUAGACUAAAAUUUCUUUUAAUUGAAAGAUUUGUGAUACGCUCCAAUAAUAAUAAGUACUUCCCUCUUGAUUUAUGCUAUUGAUUCGACGCUUACUUUUAUCAAUUUGUCACUGCCAUGGUCUAAGUAAUUAAUCAAGAGAGAACUUGUGAUCAAAAUUACGAAUGAAACUGAUUCUACUGUUAGUAUCUAAAUUCAUUUCUGAAAAUUAAAUAUUGUACUUGCUCUGCUGUAUGAAAUUAGAACUAUAUUUACAAAUAAUGCUUCUGCUUAGAAGAACAAAAUAACUAUACAGUUUACAUACACAUUUUUAUUAUUUUUUCAAUAUUAUGUCAGUAUUUUUGUAUUAAAUAAUAUUUACAAUUAAUUUACAGAUAGCUUAUAAGUAUAGAUUCUAAAGUAUAUUAAUGUUUUUCUUUUGUUCUUUAAUUUCAUUUGAAUAUUUAUUCAAUAGUUUCAAUAUUUAUUUACAUUUCUAAUAAUAUACCGAAGCAUUUUAUAUUACUUAAUUGUAUGAUUUAAAAAAGUUACUUGCAUUACUGUAAAAUAAUUUUACAUCACAUUUUAUAUAUUAAUAUUAUUACUAUUAUCAUUAAAGGGUAGUACCUUGCAAACUGCAAAUUGUACAAACAAGUCUUUAUUUGUUGAAAAUUCUUAUAAAAAUGUGUAAUUUGUUUCAUGUGUGUAAAUAAAUAAUCAUGAAAGUAUUA